AUGGAUCUUUAUAAAGAGAACAACUAUGACGAAUACGUCCCAUCGAUCACUCCGAAUUACGAUAUUGACGACGAAGAGGACGAGCUACUAGCAGUUGGAAAGAAUAACGGUGCCAAAGGUCUUACGGCUCCACCGGCGUUGCUCAACGAAAUUGCAGCACAAGCCGAAGACUACGACCCAUUUGCAGACCGCAGAAGACCCACGGUAGCGGAAAGUAAAGAUGAAUACCACCAGAAGCGUCGACGUCUGGUUAUUUCGCCUGAGAGAGUUGAUCCGUUUGCAAAUGGUGGAGAAACGCUUGAUGUCGGAAGCCGAACAUAUAUGGAAAUUAGGCGCGAGCAGAUCAUGAAAGGCGAAGAAGAACAGCUCCGUAGGAAGAUCCAAGAGAAAGUGAAGGACGGGACGCUUAAAAUUAGUUCAAAAGGACCUCAUAAGCAACAUUCGCAGUUGGAUCAGGCGUUGGAGGAGCAUUCGAUACCGCAAAAGGAGUCUUCUAUGCCGAUAUCGGCGACAUGGGAAAUCGAGAAAACACCUGCAUGGCAUCGUUGGGAUGAAACGCCGGAACACAAGAGUGGGACGCAGGAGGUGCGCGUCUGGGAUGCGACUCCGGUACAUGCGAACGUAGUGGCUGCGGCUGCUGAUCAGAAGACGUCUACCGAGAACCCCACGAGCCGUCGCAAAAAAAGCCGUUGGGAAGAGACCCCAAAAACGGAGCGCGAAACGGCCGAACAUUCGUGGGGUAAAACACCCCGUGCUGAACGCAUGAGCGGGGAGGGAGCUGAACUGCUGGAAGGUACUACCCCCACCUCAAAACGCUCCUCACGUUGGGACGAGACACCCUCCACAAUGAGGUCUACGUUGGCGAUGACACCCAGAGCGUACGCGACGCCGCUUCUUACACCAGGCGGCUCUACUCCAGUGGGAGACCAAGCGAUGACGAUGGCAACGCCGACGCCUGGCCACCUAGCAGCUAUGACGGUCGAGCAGUUGCAGGUGUAUCGCUGGGAGAAGGAAAUCGAUGAACGAAAUUGGCCCUUCACCGACGAGGAGCUGGAUUUGAUGUUCCCGGAAGACUACAAGAUUUUGCCACCACCUUUUGGCUACAUUCCGCCGGAACGCCACCUUAUUACUACACCGACGCUGACCGGGUUUUUUAUUCAGACCGAGAACAAAUCGGCCAAGUUCAUAGACAACCAGCCAAAAGGCAAUCUACCGUACAUUAAGCCAGAGGACGAACAGCACUUCGAUAAACUGCUUUUCGAGGUAGACGAGGAGACACUGACGCUCCAAGAGCAGAAGGAGCGCAAGAUCAUAAAGCUGCUGCUGAAGAUCAAGAACGGAAUAGCACCUAUUCGCAAGGUCGCUCUACGGCAGAUAACGGACAAGGCGCGCGAGUUUGGGGCCGGACCAUUAUUCAACCAGAUUCUGCCGAUGCUGAUGAACCCCACCCUGGAGGACCAGGAGCGCCACUACUUGGUGAAAGUAAUAGACCGCGUUCUGUACAAGCUGGACGACCUGGUGCGCCCCUACGUGCACAAGAUAUUGGUCGUAAUCGAGCCACUGCUCAUCGACGAGGACUACUACACGCGCGUCGUGGGCCGCGAGAUCAUCUCCAACCUGGCGAAGGCGGCAGGUCUGGCGACGAUGAUAUCCACCAUGCGUCCCGAUAUCGACAACAUCGACGAGUAUGUGCGCAACACAACGGCUCGCGCCUUCGCGGUGGUCGCCACUGCAUGCGGUAUUACCUCGCUGCUGCCCUUUCUUAAGGCGGUGUGCAAGAGCAAGAAUUCGUGGCAAGCGUGUCACACCGGUAUGAGGAUCGUGCAGCAGAUGGCCAUCAUGAUGGGCUGUGCCAUCUUGCCCCACCUGAAGUCCUUGGUCGAGAUUAUAGAGCAUGGGUUGGUGGAUAAGCAGCCGAAGGUGCGCAUCAUCACGGCGCUGGCAUUGUCGGCGCUCGCCGAAGCGGCCACCCCGUACGGCAUCGAGUCAUUCGAUUCGGUGCUGAAACCGCUGUGGAGAGGCAUCCGAAAGGAGAGUGGCAAGGGUUUGGCGGCAUUUUUGAAGGUGAUCGGCUAUCUCAUAUCGCUAAUGGACGCUGAGUACGCGAACUAUUACACACGCGAAGUGAUACCCAUUCUUAUCCGCGAGUUCCAAUCGCCUGAUGAGGAGGUGAAAAUAAUCGUCCUGAAGGUGGUGAAACAGUGCUGCGCCACUGACGGUGUCGAUGCGCAGUAUAUCAACGAGGAAAUCUUGUCGCAUUUCUUCGAACACUUCUGGAAGAAGCAUCGGAUGGCGCUCGCUCGCCGCAGCUACCUCCAACUAGUUGACACGACGGUGGAGAUCGCGAAUAAGGUCGGUGCAUCAAAGGUAAUCGACCGUAUAGUGAACGAUCUCAAGGACGAUAACGAGCAGUAUCGAAAGAUGGCGAUGGAGACGAUCACAAGGAUAAUAGCCGAAAUUGGUGCGGCUGACCUUGAUUCACAUUUGGAGGAGCAGCUUAUCGAUGGCACCCUGUACGCGAUUCAGGAGCAAACGACCGAGGACGUGGUGAUGCUAAACGGAUUCGAAACGAUCGUGAACCUCUUGGGCAAACGGGUUAAGCCGUACCUGCCGCAGAUUUGUGGCAUUAUCCUCUGGCUGCUGAACAACAAAUCAGUCAAAGUGCGCAAGCUGGCCGCCGAUAUGAUAUCGCGAAUCGCCGGCGUGAUGAAGACGUGCGAAGAAGAUAAGCAAAUGAGCCAUCUCGGAAAGGUGCUGUACGAAUCCCUCGGAGAGGAGUACCCGGAGGUUCUCGGAUCGAUUCUGGGCGCUCUGAAGGAAAUCGUGAAUUUAAUAGGCAUGUCGAACAUGACGCCACCGAUCAACGAUCUGCUGCCACGACUCACACCGAUCCUGAAGAACCGCCACGAGAAGGUACAGGAGAAUUGCGUCUAUCUGGUUGGACGUAUCGCCGAUCGCGGGGCGGAGUACGUUUCGGCUCGCCAGUGGAUGCGCACCUGCUUUGAUCUGCUGGACCUAUUCAAGGCACACAAGAAGGCGAUUCGGCGUGCCGCAGUCAACACGUUUGGGUACAUCACGAAAGCAAUCGGGCCACACGACGUUCUGGUGACGCUGCUCAACAACCUCAAAGUGCAGGAGCGUCAGAAUCGCGUUUGCACAACCGUGGCUAUUGCCAUCGUCGCCGAAAUAUGCCAACCAUUCACCGUGCUGCCGUUACUGAUGAACGAGUACCGCGUGCCGGAACUGAACGUGCAGAACGGCGUACUGAAGUCGCUCUCCUUCCUUUUCGAGUACAUCGGCGAGACGGCCAAGGACUACAUCUAUACCGUUUGUCCGUUGCUCGAACAGGCACUGAUGGAACGCGAUCUGGUACAUCGGCAGACUGCCUGUACCACCAUCAAGCACAUGGCACUUGGUGUGUACGGAUUCGGAUGCGACGACGUCUUAAACCACCUGCUCAACUAUGUGUGGCCUAACAUCUUUGAAACGUCACCGCAUAUGGUGCAAGCGUUCAGAGAAGCGGUUGGAGGGUUGCUGGUUGCAAUUGGCCCUACAAGGAUCCUUCAGUACACGCUCCAGGGACUGUUCCAUCCAUCUCGAAAGGUACGCGAUGUCUAUUGGAAGAUUUACAAUUCGCUAUAUAUCGAAGCACAGGAUGCGAUCGUCGCCUGCUACCCACGAGUUGCCAACGAUCCAAAAAACCAUUACAUUCGCUAUGAGCUCGAGUAUAGUAUAUAA